ACAGAAUUUUAACUGGUGUUUCAGUUUGUUAAUCUCAAAAAAAGAGCGCGCCAUAAAAAGAUUCAUGUUCGCAGAGGAUUUUGUACGCGAUAUACGAGUUAUAUGAUGCGAAGCAAAGAGAGGAUUUGUAUUUAUUUUACUAUUUUUAACUCAAGUGAAAAUGUUAUUUCCACAACCCAAACAACAUCACCUCAACGAUUUAACGUUGAGCCUGUAGAAUCUUUAUUAUCUACCACAGACGGACAAUUUACACCUGGGUAUAGUUCAUUACAAACAUUAUACACAGCAGGAGUAACCGAGCCAACAGCAUCACCAGCAGCAGCAGCAAUUCCAACAAAUCAUUACCACCCAUCUUUUGUCGUUGCUGAUGACGACGACAAUCAUGCUGACAAUUUGGAUGAAGAGGAAAUGAUGGAGGAGGAAGAAGUGGCAACAUUACCACCACCAGCUACGGGACGUGCUGUUGACUAUCGUCCAGCUUAUCCUUUUUCCCAGCUAUUAACACCGAACAGCAAAGGUUAUAGUCCAUCAGCAUCAGCAGCAGCAGUACGCUCAAGGCCUGCUGCUGCAUCAGUGUUCAAGUCGCCUGGUACAACUGGCCAACAACGUGUUGUUUAUCCAAGCUAUCAAGCGUCCAGGAUACCCAGCCGUGCUGAAAUUGAUAAACUAAGCGGAAAAGGAACAUUUUCUGACCGUUUUACCCCAGCCGAAGGUGUUGCAUCGAAUACUUUCAAAAUCAAACAAAAUCGAAAACCCUCCAUUACCCGCCCGAUUGGUCAAACUUCGAAUAAGGUAUCCUCAUUCUUGUCAAAUCAGCAGGAUCUGUAUGCUUUUCCACCGAAUAUAAACUCUCGAUAUCCCUCGCCAAGUGAUAUUAAGCAAGCUGCUCCAUCAGAUGCAAUAACAAGCUACUUACCACCACCAGCUGGUCCCUUGGAUAGUAGUAAUUUUGUGGGUCCUGUUAGUCCUGACUUAUUGCCUACUAUGAAAUCUCCUUCAAAUGAUGAAGGAAAGGAUGCUAAUGGUAGUGGAUAUCAAUAUAAUCCACCAAAACCUGAUGAAGCGAAUGACGGAUACCAAUACAAUCCUCCAAAAGCGGAUGCAAUGGAUGAUACUGAUAGUGGUGAUGAUCAAGCACCUCCAGCCGCAAUGGACGAUGGAGAUUCUAUGGAUAUGGCUCCAGCCGUAGAUGAUCAUGAUCAUGAUCAUCACGAUCAUCACGAAAUUGGAGCCUAUGUUGAUGGUAAAGAAUAUCCAACACCACCACCGGGUUAUUUCGAAGAACAUGAUCACCAUUCUCAUCAUCAUCCUGAUAUCGAAUUCUCUCAUGGACCGAUCUUCCAUGACCACCACCCACACGAUUAUCCAGACAUUGUGUAUGAUGAUUUCCAUGAUCAUCAUCACAUCCAUCAUGAUCAUCAUCCAAUCCCGAUGACAACUGAGCCUCCACCACCACCAGCUCCAGAGCCACGUGUCAAGAAAUACAGCUACUUCUAUAUUGGACGCAAGCUUUGGUAUAUUCCUUUGUAUUUCACGGUUUGGUUUACUUUCUACGUUUUAUGGUUGAUUUUGAAAUCCAUAGCAAGGCAUAAGGUCAAUCUCCCGAAUCAUUACGUAACAAGAAGAAGCAUUGAUGUGGCAGAACAUAAAGAAGCAAGAGAAGCCAUAGAUCAACUCACAGUUCAAGUUAUGGAUGGCAUUGAGAAAUUUAAGCUACGUUAUGUGGGAUGAAUUUUGAUGGUUUUUAUUUGAA